AUGUCUGCUCCCCUUAUUGAUGCCAUUGUCAAGGCCGAGAACACCGAGCAGCGUCAGGCCGCUGCCGACGCCCUUGCAGCCUUCGCCAAGUCCGAGGGUCUUGUCAAGUCCGUCGCUAUUAUCGAGAGCCUUUCGCCUCUCCUCGAGAACAAGAAGUCCGUCCCCCACCGUGAGGGUGCCCUUCUCGCUCUCGGCUCCUUGGCCACUACCUUUGGCCAGGCUGGCGAGCCUUUCUUGAUCCCCCAGAUGCCCAAGGUCUUUGAGCUCUACUCGGACAAGAUGGUUGUCGUCCGUGAUGCCGCCUCUGUUGCCUCCAAGGCUAUUAUGUCCCUCCCCACCCGUUAUGCCGUCCGUCUCUUGUUGCCCGUCAUCUUCCACGCCAUCAAGGAGUCGAAGUGGCACUCCAAGAUCGGUGCUUUGGACAUUCUCUCUGGUUUGACCUUCUCCGCUCCUCAGCAAAUCUCGGCUGCUCUUUCUGACAUUAUUCCCAUUGUCAGCGAGACCAUGUGGGACUCUAAGCCCGAGGUUCGCGACCAGGCCACCAAGACCAUCACCGACUGCUUCAACGUCGUUGGUAACCCCGAUUUGAUCUCCUCCAUCCCCUACCUCGUUGGAUGCAUCAACCGCCCCGAGGAGGCCGCCGAGUGCAUUCACCAGCUCGCCGCCACCACCUUCGUUACCACCGUCGAGGAGCCCACCCUUGCCAUCAUGUGCCCUCUUCUUGUCCGUGGUCUCGCUGAGCGUACCCCUUCUAUCCAGCGUCAGACCGCCGUCAUUAUCGACAACAUGUGCAAGCUCGUCGAGAACCCCGCUCACGCCCAGCAGUUCUUGCCCAAGCUCUUGCCCGGUUUGGACCGCAUGAUCGAGAUCGGUGCCUCUCCCGAGCUCCGUUCCGUCGCCGAGCGUGCCCGUUCCACCUUGGUCCGUGUCGGUGGUGGUGAGCCCGGUUCCAAGGACCAGGUUGUCAUCAUUGCCUACACCGUCACUGCCACCGAGGUCCUCGAGGUUCUCAAGGCUAAGGCCACCUUCAUCAAGGAGGAUGCCUUCUCCGCCUCCCUCCUUGGUUACGUCUCCACCCUCUGCGCCGAGUUGAUUGCCUCUCGCAACUUUGAGAAGGACGCCUGGGUCUCUUCCGUCGUCCCUUACCUCACCGUUGUCGGUUCCGAUGCCGAGGUCGCUGCUCUCGCCAACGAGCUCAACGCCUUCUACAUUGAUUUCGAUGCCAAGAACGCUCUCGCCAACGCCGCUGUUGAGGAUGUUGAGGAGGGUGAGCUUCUCUGCGACUGCGAGUUCUCCCUCGCCUACGGUGGCAUGAUUCUCUUGAACAAGACCCGCCUCAACCUCCGUCGUGGUCAGCGUUACGGUCUUUGCGGACCCAACGGUGUCGGAAAGUCGACCCUCAUGCGCGCCAUCGCUUCUGGUCAGCUCGAGGGCUUCCCCUCGCCCGAUGAGCUCAAGACCGUCUUCGUCGAGCACAACUUGCAGGCUGAGGAUGCCGACCUCCCCGUUGUCCAGUUCAUCUUCAACGAUGAGAACAUCAAGAACCUCGACCGCAAGGCCGUCAUUGAGAUGCUCGAGUCUGUCGGUUUCGACCAGGAGAAGCAGGAUCAGGCCGUCGGUUCCCUUUCCGGUGGUUGGAAGAUGAAGCUCGAGUUGGCCCGUGCCAUGUUGAUGAACGCCGAUAUCUUGUUGUUGGACGAGCCUACCAACCAUUUGGAUGUUGCCAACGUCGCCUGGUUGCAGAACUACCUCAACUCGCUCACCAACGUCACCUCCAUGAUCGUCUCCCACGACUCUGGUUUCCUCGACACCGUCUGCACGGGUAUUAUCCACUACGAGACCCGCAAGCUCAAGAAGUACAAGGGUAACUUGUCCAAGUUCGUCGAGCAGUACCCCGCCGGUCGCUCUUACUACGAGUUGUCUGCCUCCCCCAUUGCCUUCAAGCUCCCCGAGCCCGGUUUCUUGGAUGGUGUCAAGUCCAAGGAUAAGGCCCUCGUCAAGCUCCAGAACAUUGAUUUCGCCUACCCUGGUGCCACCAAGUUGACCAUCAUGAACAUGUCUUGCCAGGUCUCCUUGAACUCCCGUGUUGCCGUCAUUGGCCCCAACGGAGCCGGAAAGUCGACCCUCAUCAAGGUCUUGACCGGUGAGACUGCCCCCACCGACGGUGUCGUCACCAAGCACCCUAACGUCCGUGUCGCCUACGUCGCCCAGCACGCCUUCCACCACGUCGAGCAGCACUUGGAGAAGACCCCCAACGAGUACAUCCGCUGGCGUUACCAGUACGGUGAGGAUCGUGAGAUGGUCAACAAGGCCACUCGCAAGAUCUCGCCCGAAGAGGAGGCCCAGAUGAAGAAGUUCAUCCAGUGGGAGAUUAACGAGAAGAUCGAGAAGGUCCAGAUCGAGGACCUUUACGGACGUCGCAAGGCCAAGCGCUCUUUCGAGUACGAGGUUCAGUUCGUUGGACGCUCGUACGAGGACAACGCCUGGAUUGCCCGUGAGAAGCUCGAGGAGUGGGGUUUCGAGAAGGUCCUUCAGGCCUUCGACGACAAGGAGGCUGCCAAGGCUGGUGCCUGGACCCGCUCCUUGACCGCCGUUGAGGUUGAGAAGCACUUGUCUGAUCUCGGACUCGAUGCCGAGUUCGCUACCCACUCCCGCAUCAAGGGUCUCUCCGGAGGACAGAAGGUCAAGGUCGUCCUUGCCGCCGCCAUGUGGCUCAACCCCCAUUUGUUGGUCUUGGACGAGCCCACCAACUACUUGGAUCGUGACUCCCUCGGUGCAUUGUCUUUGGCCAUCAAGGACUUCGGUGGUGGAGUUGUCAUUAUUUCCCAUAACCGCGAGUUCACGGACACUGUCACUGUUGAGAAGUGGUCUGUUGUCGCUGGUGUCUUGACCAUCACCGGUAACAACUACACCCAGAAGAACUUGGAGAAGAUCGUCAUGAAGGAGGAGGAGGUCAAGAUCGAUGCCUUCGGUAACGUCGAGAAGGUCAAGUCUACCCGCAAGUUGUCCCGCAAGGAGAUCAAGGACAAGCAGAAGCGUCGCGCUGCUGCCAAGAAGCGUGGUGAGGAGGUCUCCGAUUCCGAGGAGGAUUUCUAA